AUGGAUUUGACCAUUUCUGUGCUCAAAGCGGACGUCGGCUCUAUCGGCGGCCACACCAAGCCAUCCGAUCGCAUGAUGGACGCCGUGCGCGCGGCCGCUGACCGCGCCGUCCGUGACGGCCUGCUCAUCGAUGCCUACGUCGGCCACACCGGCGACGAUAUCUGCAUUAUCACCACUCACACCCGCGGCGACAACGACGACGCGGUCCACCAGUUUGCCUGGACCUCCUUCCUCGAAGCCACGGAAAUCGCCCGCCAGUACGGCCUCUACGGCGCCGGCCAGGACCUCCUCGUCGACGCGCCCUCCGGCAACAUUCGCGGCGCCGGACCCGCCGUGGCCGAGAUCACCUUCGACCACGAUCCAAUCAAGACCAACCCCGUCCGGCCUGCCGAGUCCUUCUUCGUUCUCGCCGCGGACAAGUGCGGCCCGGGCGCCUACAACCUACCCACCUUCCUCGGUUUCGCCGACCCGAUCAUCAUUUCGCUGAACGCCCCCGAGGACUACUACCGCAUCACGGUGUUGCUCCGCGACAACGAGCGGUUCGCCAUCGAGAGCGUCACCUCUCGCUACACGGGUCAGACCGCCGCCGCCAUCUCGGCAACGCGCUUGCACAACAUCGCCGGCAGCUACACCGGCAAAGACGAUCCCGUCGCGGUGGUGCGCAACCAGGGUAUUUUCCCCGCUCCCGAGGAGCUCAUCUCGCCCUACACCAAGGCCCACUACAUCGGCGGCGACGCCCGGGGCUCCCACGUCAUGCCCCUGAUGCCGGUACCCAUCAACACCGCCGUGACCGGUAUGUACUGCCUGCCGCUGGUUUCCUGCCUGGGCUUCAGCAUCAGCCCGGAAGGUAGGUUCUCCGAGUCCUCCACCGACUUCUUCGAUAACCCGGCUUGGGACUACACCCGCCAACUGGCCCAGGAGAAAGGCAUCGCCAUGCGCUCCCAGGGUUGGUCCGGCGCCGCCAUGCUCCCCUACGGCGAGCUGGAAUACUCCGGCUUCCGCCAGAGCAUCGGCGACCUCGUGGACCGCUUCGCCAUCCGCACCAACGGUCAUCAGCCCGCUGCCCGGCCCGUGCCAACCGGCGACGACGACUAG